AACGAUUCAACCUGUUGCAGUCAAUGCUAAUUGUGGAGGAUAUGGUAUGCCUAUUGCGUAUUUGUAUCUUUGUACUUACGACAGCACUGAAGAAGCUCAACUAUAUCCUGAAAAUGAAACUCAAACCUGA